GCGCGCACACGCGGUGCGGGCAGCCCUUAUAAAUUCUCCCUCUGCCGGCCCAAGCCCGCGAUGUUGCUCUCGGCCGGCGAAAGGGUCUCUCUCUCGCUAGGGCAGGAGCGGCGAGAGGGGCGGACCUGGGGCUGCGCUUCAAGCCGGGGAGGAAGAAGUCCUGGGCAGCACCAAGAAAGCACCUACUCGGGGGAGGAAGGUGCCAAGCAAAGGAGGAGGAGGAGAAGAAGAGAGGCUGCCUGGAAGACUCCAACUCUUGCAGUCCACUCGAAAGGAAAAAAGAAAGAGGUUGGGGAAGGAGCAGCUCAGCUCGCUUGACUGUGUCUUGGGUUUUUCUCCUUCUUCUCUCCUUUUGUUUUUUAAUUGUGGAAGAGGAGGGAGCUCCUAGAAAAGUCGGGCAGCCAGAAGUAGCCAGAGGAGAAGAGGGAGACUAGCUGGCUGCUUGGGGAGCAGCAGGAGUAGCAGCGAGAGGAGCAGCCCGCGGGCCCGGGGAAAAGGAGGAGCAACUCCACGCGGGUGCAGGAGACGGCGGGGAACCCGGCGCAGCCACCUUAAGGCGCCCGGCCGCGCGCCCCUGGCACGGCUCGGCUGCUCCCCCGGCGUGCGCGCACACGCAUCCAAACAAACACGCACACACGUGGGCGCUUGCCGCCUCCCAGCGCGCUGGGGCGCCGGCCCCUCGGCCAAAGGGGGAGCUGCGGACUGUCUCCGGCAGGAGGAGGAGGAGGAGGAGGACCGGGGGGCGGCAUCCCCCCUGGACGGGCUUCCCUCCGACUACCAGCCGGUGCCAUCUCACUUGAGGAGCGCGAGAGCUCGUGGGAAGCCGGAGAUCCGCGUCUCGGAAGCCCGCAGUUGAAUUGGUGGCCAGUUGCCUCUCUCUUUCUCUCCACCCGCCCAAACCCCUUCAGCUCUCUAAGAAACUAUUGACGUGAUUAUUAUUAUUAUUAUUAUUAUUAUUCUUUCGGGUUUUUUUAUUAUCAGUAUCGCCCCUCUUUUUUUUUCCUUCCUGGUGGAAGCGCAGCUACCGUUGCUGAUUUGCAAUCUGUUUGCUGUGGUGGUAACAACCUGCUUAAAAAGAAAAUCUUUGCAACCUGUUGCAGCUAUUUUCGAAAAAAGAAAAACCGCUCAUCAACCUGUUGCAGUUUUUAAUAAGAAGCGACUGCCGGGUUGAACUUGCUGCUUCUGCUGCAACGCCACGGCUGCUCGCAAUCGUGCGACCCAAAUCCCAGCAUUUUGGAGGCCAGAAAUCCGGUGCAAGCUACUGUUUGGACUAGCGAUCUGUUGCAUUCUUCCCCUCUCUCCAAAAUCUAUAAUAUAUAUAUAAAUUCUCAGCCUUAUUCUCACGCGUCCACAUAAGCAAGAAGACCGGAGGGGGGAGGGGGGAACCGGUCACUUUUUGGGGGGUAGGUGAAAAGGUGAAGAGUGAGAAAACCUGCUUUUUGGUGCUUUCUCUCUCAACCUUCCUAAAAAUGCACUGCUACCUUUGGAGCGUCUUCCUCACCUUGGAUCUGGCCACGGUGGCCUUCGCCCUGUCGACGUGCAGCACCCUCGACAUGGAUCAGUUUAUGCGCAAGAGGAUCGAAGCGAUCCGGGGGCAGAUCCUGAGCAAACUGAAACUCAACAGCCCUCCGGAAGAGUACCCGGAGCCCGAGGAGGUUCCUCCGGAGGUCAUCUCGAUCUACAACAGCACCAGGGACCUGUUGCAGGAGAAGGCGAACCACAGGGCAGCUACUUGCGAGAAGGAGAGGAGCGACGAGGAGUAUUACGCCAAAGAGGUUUACAAAGUAGACAUGCAGCCUACUUUCCAGUCCGCAAAUCUCAUCUCAACAAACCACCCCAUCCCCUAUUUUAGACGAGUGAGAUUUGAUGUCUCGGCGAUGGAAAAAAACGCUUCCAACCUGGUGAAGGCAGAAUUUAGAGUCUUUCGGUUGCAGAAUCCAAAGGCUCGUGUCUCGGAACAACGGAUAGAACUGUAUCAGGUUCUGAAAACCAAAGAUCUAACAUCACCUAUGCAGCGCUACAUUGAUAGCAAGGUAGUUAAAACCAGAGCUGAAGGCGAGUGGCUAUCUUUCGACGUAACUGAUGCAGUACAUGAGUGGCUCCACCACCGAGACAGGAAUCUUGGAUUUAAGAUAAGUUUACACUGUCCAUGUUGCACAUUCGUGCCUUCAAAUAAUUAUAUCAUCCCAAAUAAAAGUGAAGAGCUAGAAGCAAGAUUUGCAGGUAUUGAUGACUACUACACAUAUCCCAGUGGUGAGAAAUCUUUAAAGCCCAGUAGGAAAAAAAACAGUGGGAAGACCCCACAUCUUCUGCUAAUGUUAUUGCCCUCCUACAGAGUUGAGUCGCAACAGUCCAGUCGGCGGAGGAAGCGUGCUCUAGAUGCUGCCUAUUGUUUUAGGAACGUGCAAGACAACUGCUGCCUGCGCCCAUUUUAUAUUGACUUCAAGAGAGAUCUGGGAUGGAAAUGGAUACAUGAGCCUAAAGGAUACCAUGCAAAUUUCUGUGCAGGAGCUUGUCCUUAUUUAUGGAGCUCAGAUACUCAGCAUAGUAGAGUUCUCAGCUUGUAUAACACUAUCAACCCAGAAGCCUCUGCAUCUCCAUGCUGUGUAUCCCAAGAUUUGGAGCCCCUCACCAUCUUGUAUUACAUUGGAAAAACGCCCAAAAUCGAACAACUUUCUAACAUGAUCGUAAAGUCUUGCAAAUGCAGCUAAGGGAUAUUCUGAAGCAGCACCAGCAAGUGCAUUGGAAAAGAAAGGAAGAAAACAAAACAUAAGAGGAAGAAGAAGAAGAAAUGUAAAGAACACAUAGGGUCAAGCAGUGAUUUAAAAAAAAAAAACAAAGGAGGGAAAAAAAGCGGUACUAGUCCAAAUCGUUUGAGAGUUUGUUUCAUUGUUUUGCGUUUUGUUUUCAAAAAAAAAACACCACACACCAUCAUCUGAAGCAAAAACCGUGAAGGCCUUAUCCUACAUUUCAACUACUUGGUUAGUGAGAUAGACAAGAAGGAAUUUUCUUUUUUUAAAAAAAAAAAGCAAAAAAAAAAAAUACUAACAAGAAAGAAAAGAAAAUGAAAAAAAAACCUUUUAAAAAAAUAAACACUGGAAGAAUUUGAUAGAGUUCUUAUGUGAAAGGAAAAAAACAGGAAAAAUAUCCCAUUCAGUGGAGUUGCUGUAUCUGUUCCGUGGCUUACUUGACCUCCGUGUUACGCCAUAGAUGCUCUACCCAUUCCCUGUAGUUCUUAGGAAUUAACAGCGCAUUAUUUAUUUUUGUGUUAUAUGAUCAAAUGAGGGGGCAUGUCAUUACCAUUGGGGAGGGGUGGGGGGAAUGAGGGAGCAAAAAAACAAACAAAAAACGAGCAGACCAAAUAAACUGCAAGAAACCUGGUUUCAUUCCUUAGAAACCUGAGCUCAAAAAAAGAGAUUAAAAAAAAAAUCCUGCAAACCACGAUUUGUUUAGCUCAGUUAAAACAGUAGUUCGCUAUUUUUCAGGAAGUCUGCCUUAAAAAGAAAAAGUCACAUACACCGUUGUUUUUCUUGCUGAGAGCCUAUGCAAAGCCUCGCACCAUUUGUUUUUAUACCGAAAACCUUAACAAUAAAGGACAUUUUUGUUUCAGUCUCAAAGACAAGUCUAUUAAGAUUCUUUUAAACAUAUAAACAUACCACCACCAGUGACUGUAAAUGAACUAAACCGUCAGUUUAGUAAACCAGUGAAAUAUUUAACAUGUACUGGUCUAAUCUUCAGACCCUAAUACGUUGCUGUAUAGCUAUUGCUUUGGGAUUGUUGGUCUGUUUUAUUUGUGUGUGCGCGGGAUUUUCUUUUGUUUUUUGUUUUGUUUUGUAUAUGUAACCGUACCUAUAGUAUUACAAUAGGUGGGUAGUAAGAAGCCAGCUUAAUUGGAAACAUAUCUGUAGAUCUCUAUUGUAAACUAUUAAAAAAUUAAGUACUUUA